AUGUCUCUCGCUACACUUGAUACGUCCCAGCACCCGUACCUCCCCGCAGCGUCAGCAACGCUGUUUCGGGCCAAGGCUGCUCGAAAGCUUAGUUUCGAGAAAAUCGGCGAGCACCUCGGUCGCAAUGAAGUAGCCGCCGCCGCCAUUUUCUACGGCCAGGCCAAGGCAACCCAAGAGGACAUCGAAAGGCUAGCGACAUUGCUUGGAAUCCCCCAGCAGCCCUUGGAAGACCAACUCGGUGGAUUCCCCGACCGUGGGCGAUCGGUGGAAAUGCCACCCAAGAAACCCCUGAUUUACCGACUCUACGAGAUUGUGCAGAACUACGGCUACGCAUACAAGGCUGUUUUGAAUGAGAAAUUUGGGGACGGUAUCAUGAGCGCAAUCUCUUUCUCUACUAAGGUCGAGAAAGAGACCGACGAGGAGGGUAAUAACUGGGCUGUUAUCACUCUUCGUGGGAAGUGGUAA